AUGGGUGCUCUCCGUUUUCGGGCCCCACAACCAGUGGAUUACGGCUCAGAGCCAACUCUCGUCGACUGUACCUCCUAUGGGAAGGCAUGUAUGCAACCAAUCCCUACGUCGGGCCACACAUCGGAGAACUGUCUGUAUCUAAACAUAUGGACGCCAACAGUGAACAAGACAGCGGGUCUGCCGGUAAUGGUGUACAUACACGGCGGCGGCUUUACCAUCGGCUCCGGGCACCCGGCGCUGGUCGACACGUUCUCCAUAAGCAACGUUUACGGGGGCGCUGUGUUGGCGCUGCGCGACGUGAUCGUGGUCAAUUUUAACUACCGUUUGGGUGUGUUUGGCUUUCUCUACGCCAACUCGAGUCACUCGCCGGGAAAUAUGGGUCUCUGGGAUCAGAGUAUGGCAUUGAAUUGGACGACGCAAAACAUCCGGCUCUUUGGCGGUGACCCCCAACGGAUCACUUUGUUCGGGGAGAGCGCCGGCAGUAUAUCCAUCAGCAAACACUUGGUCUCCAAUGUGACCCGUAAUUGGUUUCAACGAGUUAUCAUGCAAUCAGGCUCGGCUUUUAACAAGAUGUGGGAACAGGACGUGGACUACUCGUACAGAGUUGGCCGUCGAUUCGCUACAGACGCCAGUCUAUGGCCAGACAACGGGUCGUGCUAUACAUCAGAGGGCGACGACAUUCAUUGGGUACAAUGUUUGCGACAAAAGACUGCUGAGCAACUGCUAUGGGCGCAAACCCAGUCGGGGCUGCGAUGGCUGCCGCGCGACCCGUGGAUAACUGUGGGUCUGUCCACAUAUUUUAAGCCCAUAUUUGGCGACCAAUUCCUGCCGCGACCGGUGAUGACGGCCGUAAAGGCGGGUGACUUUCGCCGCGACAUCACUAUAGUGUUGGGUCACAACGAGAUGGAGGGCGCCAUCAUUACCACUCUGGUCGACCUGUACAGCGGCCUAAUGGGACGGUACCUGCCAUUCGUGCCGCGGCCGCCGCUCAUCAGCCAAUCCAUAGUGUUUAACGACAUCCAGAAUGUAUUGGUUCACAACAAGUCAAUCGCCGGGCGAGUGGCCGCCCAAUACACCGACCCGUUUAACUCGCGGCUACGGUUGCAAUUGAACCCGACGCCCAUACGCCAGUCGGCUGUGCAUAUGUUUGGCGAUUACGCGCUCACCUGUCCGACGAUCCUGUUUGGCGCCUACGCUGUCAGAGCUCCCGCUUUCACCGGCAAAGUAUUCCAGUAUAGGCUUAAGUACGGCUCCACCCAAUCGUUGGCCAGUUAUAGCACGUGGGCCGACGUGUCCCACACCGAUGAGCUACCGCUGGUGUUUGGCCUCCCAUUCAAGCCCUACGAGCGUCUCCUGUGGAGCGAUAGGGAUCGCCGUCUAAGCAAACACGUUAUGGAUGUUUGGACUCAUUUCGCUAAAUCCGGCGAAGUUCUCGAUAUGAAUGGCAAUGUUUGGCCCGAAUACGAGUGGAAUAGCGAUGAGAAUAGGGUUGACGUGAAGUACAUGGAGUUUGACGCAAACGAGCGACUGAUGGGACGGGUGGGCCAACGCGGUUACGACGGCUACGAUGGCACGCGAGGCUCGUCCGGACACAAGCAUCGAUCACAGCCGACACCCGUUAAUAAUUGCUUUAAUUUCUGGGAUCAAUUGCUGAGCGAACAGUUUUAAUCACAAAUGAUGACCAUUCAAACUGAGAGGGAAAGGGAGGUGUGGGAGAGGGGG